GGAAAGUUUCAGAGUCAAACCAAAAAACAGUGAAAGAAAAAUAAGUCGUCGACCCAUGCCGUGAUGUCUCCUUCCUUCCUCUUCUUCUUCGCUGUAUAAAUAAUAAUUAAUUAAUUCUUCUUCUUCUUCUUCUGCAUCGGAGCUAUAUCAAUUGAAAACUAGGCUUUUGGAUCAGGAGAGUGAGAUGUCAAACUAUCCGAAGAUGACAUGCGUAUCAUCAUCGCAUCAGAAUCUAAUGGAGAAGCUAAUGCAACUCCAGGAGAGGUUCUCCCAUCUCCAAGCCGCCAGGAGAGAAGGGAGGCUUAACGAUCACGCCCUUCUCGAAGCGCAAAUCUCUCAGAAUCUCCGUGAGUGGCAGGCUGAACUCAGCGCUCCGUCUCCUGAAUCUUCUCUUCUGGGUGGAAGUAUUAGUCAGUUUUCUGAGGAGAUUGCUCGUCUGCUGAAGCUUAAUGAUGAAGAGGAUGAUGCUACUAGUACGCUCAAGGAACACGCUGCACCACCAAAGCCUGACGCUUUCGAUCAGAGCUUGUGUUCUCCAGGACACUUGGAGUGGACAGCUGAGCCAUUCGAUCAAAGCUCUUUCGAUGUGAAUUUCUUGAGUGGUUUUGAGGAUGAUGUUAAUAACUCGGAAACACAUGGCCAGCAACUCCACUGUGCAUUUCAAGAGUUUGAUCCAAGCAUAAACACCGCUCCUGAUUUCCAUGCCCAAAAACUCAGCCACUUGGAUAUAACUUCUCAGCUCGAUUACCAUCUCUCAGAAGUGCGCCAGGAAUUCAACAACACCCCUUCUUCCGUUAAGCUUGAUGUUUCCGACGAGUCUGAAUUCACUACUCCAUCAAGUGUCCGUGUGCCUCCUUCUGCCUUUCUGGGACCAAAGUGUGCACUAUGGGAUUGCACAAGGCCUGCUCAUGGAUCUGACUGGUACAUGGACUACUGCAGUGACUACCAUGGGAAUCUAGCUCUGAAUGAAGAUUCCCCUGGCACAGCACCUGUUUUAAGACCUGGGGGGAUUAGUCUGAAAGACAAUCUCUUGAUUGAUGCUCUUCGUGCAAAGACUCUGGGUAAGAAUGUUGGCAUCCCGGUGUGUGAAGGAGCUGUUAACACAAAAUGCCCAUGGAACGCAGCAGAGCUAUUUCAUCUUGAGCUGGUUGAGGGAGAAACAAUCAGAGAAUGGCUCUUCUUCGACAAACCCAGAAGAGCAUAUGACAGCGGAAACCGAAAGCAAAGAUCACUUACAGAUUACAACGGACGAGGCUGGCAUGAAUCAAGGAAACAGCUGAUGAAAGAGCAAGAAGGCCAGAAAAGAUCUUACUACAUGGAUCCACAGCCUCCUGGUCCCUUCGAGUGGCAUCUCUUUGAGUACCAGAUCAAUGAGUCCGAUGCCUGCGCCUUGUACCGACUAGAGCUCAAGUUGACAAACGGAAAGAAGAGUCCUAAGGGAAGAGUCGCAAAAGACCCUCUGGCUGAUCUGCAGAAGAAGAUGGAGAAGAUGGGACAGUUGACACCUGAGGUGGCUUCAGACAAACCGUCGCCUCCAACAAAAAGUCGUGCAAAGGCUGCCAAAGGAGUUAAAGCAGCAACUGGCAAUCUAACUCAAGAGACUACAGUUCCUGCAACAGCAGCUUCAACGUAUGGGCCAAACAAUGAGCCGUGAUGGUGUUUCAGUAUCUGAGUACUAUCCGAUCAGAGAUAGAUAAGGAUCAUUAUAGUUAUAACCUCUUUUUUUUUUCUGAGAACCUGUGAUGAGUUGUAAAUGUUUUUAGCUUCCCUAAAGCCGCUUUGGGUUUCGUGAAGAAAAAUUCUUGUGGAAUUCUCUUGUAUCAUGUUUCAAUAUCCAAAAAGUUCUCGUGUUCUUUAA